AUGCCGCACAUCACGAGCUUCUUCCGCUCGUCUCACGACCCCAUCAACACAAUCAAGGCCACCGUCCGAAGGAGAAGUCCUAGCUCGAGGACGCCAGUCUCAGCCACCCCGAGACCGGGCUCUACUCGCACCGUUUCGUAUCCCAAUUCCAUCAACGACGAAGCCGAAGAGCAGGAAAACCAGCAGACCCGCUCCAACAGCAGCCAGUCAGUAGCGCCCCCGGUCAGGAUGCCGGAAUCGGCAAGAGAAAAGGAAGUGUCCCACCAUCGCCUGAGUUUCCCGGGCCUGCACCUUGGUGGCCACAAGUCUAAGGAUCAUGGCCACCAGCACCCACAUGCAUCGCUUGACUGGAAGAUCGAGUCGCCGCCGGCGGUCAUGUACGGCGAUGCUGAAAACAGCACUGGCGCCAUUGUUUCCGGGCAACUCAUGUUGACUGCCAAGGAUGCCCCCCUCGAGGUUGAGGGCUUCAAGGCUCGUCUAGAGAUUCACGUCAUCCGCAAGAGACCUUACAAGGAUCACUGCCACGACUGCGUAAACCAGAAGACGGAGCUCAAGACUUGGGAGUUGAUAGCCGGUCCUGCCACCCUGUCGCAGGGCGUGCACUACUAUCCGUUUUCUGCUCUUUUGGAAGGUCACCUUCCUGCAUCCACGGACAACUCGGUGGUCACUGUGCGAUAUGACUUUACCGCCGAGGCCAAGCCCAAGAACGGCUCUGCCUUGAAACUUCUCAAGACCAUCAAUGUGAGACGGGCGCUCCCUGUUCCUGAGACGCCACACCACUCGGUCCGCAUCUUCCCUCCCACCAACAUCACCGCCUCGGUUCACUACCCCAAUGUCAUCCACCCCAUUGGAAGCAACAAGCUCGAGCUCCGCCUGGAGGGCAUCAUCAAGUCGAACCCAGAUGUCAAGACCAUUGAGUACUGGAAGCUGAAGCGACUCUCCUGGAAGAUUGAGGAACACCUCACCACGGUUGUUCCGGCUUGCCAGAAGCACUCGCCCAAGGAUCCCGAGACGGGAGAACCUACCAAGAAGGGCCUGAAGCGCACAGAGGCUCGCACCAUUGGCUCGGGCGACCUUGCCAGUGGCUGGAAAGCAGACUAUUCGCCCAACGGCAAUGUUGAGAUGGAGCUGGAGUACCAAGUCAACCCGUCGCUCAAGCCUGUGUGCGACCUGAAGAGCAACGACGGCACCGAGGUCACUCACCAGCUCGUUAUCGAGAUGGUGGUGGCCCAGGAAUACGCACCAACCAACCAGCCCAAGCACGUCACCCCGACCGGAGUAGCACGGAUCCUGCGCAUGCACUUUGGCACUAUUGUCACUGAGCGUAGUGGCUUGGGCGUGAGCUGGGACAACGAGGCUCCUCCAAUCUACCAGGACGUGCCCCCCAGCCCGCCCUCGUACCACUGCGAGAUUCCCUAUGAGGAGGUCGACGAGGCUCUGAGUCCCCUUGAUGCACCAUCAAAGAGAUCGAACUAG